GUCUGUUUGGCUCUAGUCAUGGACGGGAGCUCAGAGAAAACACCCAUCGCGACAGUCGAACCGGAGGACCAGCAUCAGUUCAUGCCGCCGGCCUACUCCGCCGUGGCGGUGAAACCGGCCUCCGCCGGGCGCCUGCUGAAGGCCGGGAUCGCCGUGCUGGUGGCCGGAGCCGUUCUGCUGCUGCUUGGAGCCGCCGGCGCUUUCUACUUCUGGAACAACAACGAGAACCACGUCUACAAUGUCCACUACACCAUGAGCAUCAACGGCAAGGUGGAGAAGGGCUCCAUGCAGAUCGACUCCGCCAACAACAUGGAGACGUUCAGCACGGGCAGCGGCGCGGACGAGGCGCUGGAGGUCCACGACUUCGAGAUUGGAAUCACAGGCAUCCGGUUUUCGGGGGGAGACAAGUGUUUCAUCAAGACCCAAAUUAAAGCUCAACUCCCGGAUGUGGAGCCUCUGAACAAGGGCCCGACGACAUUUGACCUGGGCGACGAGGUGAUGGCGGCCAGAUUCGAGGACGACCUGGUCCUGGUGGCAUCGGGCCCGCCUCUGUCCGACCCAUCCUUCCUCAGCGGCAGGAUCAUGGAGCUGUGUGGAGACCUGCCCAUCUUCUGGCUCCGUCCCACGCACUCACCCGGCGGCCAGAGGAAGAGCGGAGCCGUCGCUCGCGAGCGCCGGCAGGCAGCCGCCGCCGCGGCGGAGGAGCGCGAGGACGAGGACGGGCCGCCGCCGUCCAACCCGGACAACCCCUAUCAGCGCGGACUGGAGGGCGAGCAGGGCGCCGCGGACACCCACACCAUGCUGGACCACCAGGGUGUGUGCUGCAGCGAGUGUCGCCGCGGCUACACCCACUGUCAGAGGAUCUGCGAGCCGCUCGGCCACCAGUCCUGGCCGUACCACUUCCGAGGCUGCAGGGUGGCCUGCAGGGUGAUCAUGCCCUGCAAAUGGUGGGAGGCGCGCAUCAUGGGGCUGGUGUGAGAAAACUGCCGUACUCUCCCGAGACGUGGUAGAGCCCAGGAGGGAGGGAGGGACGGGGCUCAAAGGGAGGUGAGAUGAAGGGAAAAAUAAAAAAAAGAAGAAGAAAAGGAGGCAGUGGGGGGAGUACCUUAAUAACAUCUACUGUAGGUAGCUGAGUCUAAGCAGAUUUGUCCAAAAGCAACUCGCAUUAGUAGCUGUGUUUAUGAAUUCUAGAUGCAUAUAAAGCUGAACUGACACUGAAAGGCAAACGCAGUGGCGCCAAUUCCUUUCAUGCUGUUAAAAUGCACACACACACACACACACACUGCUACAAAUCUGGGGUCUUCUGAGCUAGAGCGCAACAUGCUACCUAGAAAACAGAGAUUGUGGCAUCGCUUCAUGUAAACGCAUAGGACAAGCUUGUAUUAAUAGAGCCAGUGAUUUACAUUGCCUAGUACUCUGUACAUAAAUAUCUACAAAGAACUCCAGAGGAAGUCAAUGGACUUACAGAGUCGCACAUCUGGAGGUUUCCGAUGUUGAGUAAUAGAAACUUUGAUGCAUUUUAUUGGGAUUUUAUGUGAUAACUCGGCAUGAACAGAGCACGUGGGCGGAUUGGAGGGAAGGGUUAAAUACAGGGUGAUGGUGGAAGAAAACCUGUCUUUGGGCGCACCGCCCCUUUCUGAAGCCGCCCUGGGUAACUGCCCAUAUGAACCCCUCCCCCUGGAACCCAGAGUUGCAUAUGGAAGAAUUUGGUUAAGAAAUGUAAAACAAGCAGAAAUACUUAUCCCUGUUGACGUUUCACAUCAAAUUCGCCUCAACUCUUUCCAUGAGCCUCCUUUAACAAAACAAUGUACUUUUUCCUCCCCUCAAAAUUUCCAUUUGAAUGAAGCUGUAUCUCCAUUCCAAACUCUUCAAAGUGCAAUAUCAUGAAAUAAAACCUUUUUUUUUUUAA